AUCUACAGGUCACCUCUUCGUCGUGCAACAGAAAACCCUUCUCUCUCUCUCUCUGCUGUUGCACCUCAAAAUGACCGCUAUGAACCGCUUCCUCAGAUCCUUGACUUCUCUCUCCUCUCGCCCCUUCUCCAGUCUAGUUUCAGAGGCGGAGUCUCGCUUACACAACCUUUCUCUCUCUAAAAGUACUAGUAGGAGUUCUCAGCCAUGGCGGCGAGACCCGAGCGAGAGGAACGUUCAGUGGGUGUUCUUGGGGUGCCCUGGCGUCGGAAAGGGCACUUAUGCGAGUCGACUUUCUCACUUGCUUGCCGUGCCUCACAUCGCCACUGGUGACCUAGUCAGAGAAGAGCUCGCUAAUUCUGGCCCUCUCGCUGAUGAGCUUUCGAGCAUUGUAAAUCAAGGCCAAUUGGUUUCAGAUGAAAUUAUUUUCAAUCUAUUGUCCAAACGUCUUGAAAAUGGGGAGGCAAAGGGUGAAUCGGGAUUCAUUCUUGAUGGAUUCCCACGAACGAUAAAGCAAGCGGAAAUAUUGGAAGAGGUAACCGAUAUCGACCUUGUGGUUAAUCUAAAACUGAGAGGAGAUGUGCUUCUAGAGAAGUGUCUUGGAAGGAGAAUUUGCAGUGAAUGUGGAGGCAAUUUUAAUGUGGCAACUAUUGACAUAAAGGGGGAGAAUGGAAGGCCCGGCAUAUGUAUGGCUCCUCUUCUUCCUCCUCCACAUUGUGUUUCCAAGCUCAUUACUCGAUCUGAUGACACUGAAGAAGUUGUACAAGAACGACUCCGUGUGUACAACAAAAUGAGCCAACCUGUGGAAGAGUUCUACCGUAGUCGAGGCAAAUUGCUGGAGUUUGAUCUGCCAGGUGGAAUCCCCGAAUCAUGGCCAAAAUUGCUUGCUGCUCUCAAUCUUGAAGAUCAUGAUCAUAAACAAAGUGCAGCUGCAUAAUGUACCGGUGGUCCUUUUGUUUUGUUUCAAGACCCUUCAUUUUUCAUUAUCUAUUAAAAGAGAGUAGAGGAAAACGGACAGGAUACGAGGAUCUGCUAUUAUGUUGUUGUAUUGUCAUUCUAAGGGUGGGAACUCAAAUUCAUCAAUUUUUUUAAAUAAAGCUUUGGCUGUCGUAAGAGGCGGCCAAGAAAGCGGGCUUUCAGAGAAGCAUACAUCGAUGUGCAUCAAUCAUAUGUCCAAAGAUGGAGAUGGAUACGGUAUUGAGAGUAUUUGAUAUGAAAUUUUGAUUGAGGGAGGAUGGAUUCUCUAUUAUAUUAUCAUGAUUGAUUCUUCUA